AGACCACCUCGCUGACGCGUGCCCCUCUCCGGACCGCGGCCCCAGGGCUCCGGAUGCGUUCCCCGAGGGGGCACGGCCCCCGGAGGCCGAGGCCGUGCAGCCGAGGCCGCGGCGCCCCCGUGCGGACGCGGCCGCGGCGUCCGCCGGCGGCGGCGGCCGCAGGUUCUACAGGGCGGAGGACGCCUCCGUCGCCGGCGGCCACCUGUUCACCUUCCUGCCGUCCCUGGAGGGCAAGUGGAGCGGCCACCAGGUCGUGCCCGCUGCGGCGCGGGGACGGCAGGUGACUUCGUCCUUCGAGGUCUCCUUCGAGGAGAGCCGCUGGCGCGUGCGGACCAGCACGGCGGGCGCGGGCGGCUGCGCGAAGGUCCGGCAGGCCACGCUCGAGCCCCACGGCCACGGGCGGUGCCGCGUCGCCGCCGAGGGCGCCCCGCGCGAGGCCGCGUACGAGGAGCGGUGCGGCGACCUCUUCGCGACGCUGACCGAGCGCUGCCCCUGGACUCGAG